AGUUCUGACAGUGUCCAUAGGCGUUAGCUUCUGGACAAGCGCUUCGGCUUGAUAGAAGGAGGAACUUUCUCAGGAGCAGAGAUGGAAAUCAUUCCUUUGAAGAAUACGAACCCCUUAAUCAUUCGAAUCAGGAUGGCUAAAGGUGAUCCCAAGAAACCAAAGGGCAAGAUGUCUGCUUAUGCCUUCUUUGUGCAGACGUGCAGAGAAGAACAUAAGAAGAAAAAUCCAGAGGUCCCUGUCAAUUUUGCAGAAUUUUCCAAGAAGUGCUCUGAGAGGUGGAAGACAAUGUCUGGGAAAGAGAAGUCUAAAUUUGAUGAAAUGGCAAAGGCAGACAAAGUGCGCUAUGAUCGGGAAAUGAAGGAUUAUGGACCAGCUAAGGGAGGCAAGAAGAAGAAGGACCCUAAUGCCCCCAAAAGGCCACCGUCUGGAUUCUUCCUGUUCUGUUCAGAAUUCCGCCCCAAGAUCAAAUCUACAAACCCUGGUAUCUCCAUUGGAGAUGUGGCAAAGAAACUGGGCGAGAUGUGGAAUAACUUAAGUGACAGUGAAAAGCAGCCUUACAACAACAAGGCAGCGAAGCUGAAGGAGAAGUAUGAGAAGGAUGUCGCUGACUAUAAGUCUAAAGGAAAGUUUGAUGGCGCAAAGGGUCCUGCAAAAGUUGCCCGGAAAAAGGUGGAAGAGGAAGAUGAAGAAGACGAGGAGGAAGAAGAGGAGGAGGAGGAGGAGGAGGAGGAUGAAUAAAAAAAACUGUUUAUCUGUCUCCUUGUGAAUACCUUAGAGUAGGGAGCGCCGUCAUUGACACCUCUCUUAUUUGAGGCGUGUCUGUUGCCCUCGUUAGGUUUAAUUACACAAUCGGGUCAUGGUCAUAUUGUAGUCUCUUCAAAGUGCUCUAGAAAUUGUCAGUGGUUUACAUGAAGCGGCCAUGGGGGUCUGGAGCACCCUGAAACUGUAUCAAAGUUGUACAUAUUUCCAAACAUUUUUAAAAUGAAAAGGCUCUCGUGUUCUCCUCACUCUGUGCACUUUGCUGUUGGUGUGACAAGGCAUUUAAAGAUGUUUCUGGCAUUUUCUUUUUUGAAUUUGUAAGGUGGUGUUAACUCUAUGGUUAUUGGCUAGAAAUCCUGAGUUCUCAACUGUACAUAUCUAUAGUUUGUAAAAAAAAAAAAAAAAAAAAAGGACAGAACAACCGAGACAAAAUCUUGAUUGAUGCUCCUUGCGUGGCUUGAGGCUGUGGGGAAGAUGCCUUUUGGAGGGGCUGUAGCUCAGGGCGUGCACUGUGAGGCUGGGCCUGUGGACACUGCAGUGGGCAUCUGUUUAGCUUCAGGUUGUCUUGUUUCUGUAUAUAGUGACCUAGCAUUCUGCUGGCAUUCUUAGCUGUGGAAAAGGGGGGGGUCAGCUGGCAUGAGAAGUGUUUGGAUCUUUUUUAGUUAAGUGCGGUAGUUUUAAACUGUUUUGAAACAAACCGUAGAACCCUUCAUUGUCAGCAAAGCGAAGAGCCACUGCAUCAAUGAGAGUUCAAGAACCUUCUGUACUAAACACAAUUUGCAACGUUCUGUUAUUUUUUUGUAUGUUUAGAAUGCCGAAAUGUUUUUGAAGUUAAAUAAACAGUAUUACAUUUUUAAAACUGUUCUCUACUA